CUGGUCUUCCCUAACGCAUUGGUGUUGAUUUUCAAGCAGAAUACGCUGCUUUCUUGCGUUUCUAGGGACUGCAUUCUCGUUCCGGUAGCCUUGUCUGCUUGCGCCCUUACCUUGGAUCUCGUGCGCGCGGAGAGAGAGCUAGAGCCUGGAGUCGCGUGGUUAGUCGUGCCAGAUGCUGGAUAGAUUGAGCAUUCGUGGUCUUCGUUGAGUUUUGGUGAAGAUUUUUGGGGUGUGCGAUUUGAGUUUUGAAAGUCUUGUGGAGCGAGUUUCAUAUUUCGAGCCGCAGUGACUGUCGGGAUCUGACCUACCGACUAUUUGCGAAGGUGUACUAUUGGUCUACGAUAGAAGCUAGGAAGAGUUGUAGGGUUGAGCCAAAGGGACAGAAGAGUUUGCAUCGAGCAAGAUGGCGAACUGGUACCUGCAAGGUACCUGGAAUCAUGGCCAAGUUGCAUUCAUUGCAACUAUCGGCGCGUUUUGCUUCAUCAUCCUUGCUUUGUGGAGGACACCAGUGCUUUUGCCUUUUAAACUAAUUACGGUCUUUCUUCACGAGGCAAGCCAUGCCACAGCAUGCAAGCUCACGUGUGGUAAGGUUGAGGGCAUGGAAGUCAAUGUGAAUGAAGGAGGUGUUACACACACACGGGGUGGCAAGCAAUGGUUUAUUUUGCCCGCUGGCUAUCUCGGAUCGUCUUUCUGGGGUAUGGUGUUGGUGGUCGCUUCAACAAAUUAUUUGACACUGCGCAUCGCAGCUGGUCUUCUCUGCGCUGCUCUUGUUGUUGUCUUGGUGAUCGCAAAGAAUUGGUUUCUCCGCUUCUUAUGUCUUGGGUUUUUGGCCUUUUUGAUAUUGAUCUGGGUGUUACAAGAGCUCACUAUCAUCAAAAUCCUCCGCUAUGUGAUUCUUUUCAUGGGUGUUAUGAACGGGCUCUUCUCUAUUUAUGAUAUUUACGAUGACCUCAUUUCAAGACGAGUGAAUUCAAGUGAUGCGGAGAAGUUUGCUCAACUUUGCCCUUGCCCAUGCAACGGUGUGGCAUGGGGUGUCAUUUGGGGAUUCUUCUCUCUCAUCUUCCUUCUCGCUGCAGUAUAUCUCGGCCUAGUGAACCUUUCUUCUUAGUGAAGGACGUCGCUCUCUAUGCACAUUCAUUCAGUGUAAUUUUCUACUAGGUUAAACAUUUGAGGAGUUGUUAAGUUUUUUUCUUUUUCUUUUUCUUUUUCUUUCAUUUCUUUCUUUUACUUUUUCCCACGCGUGGCUGCAAUUAAUGAUCGUGAACAGAUUAGCCCUCUGUACUUUUGCUAAAUGUUGCCUCUGACUGCAGUACACCAAUAUUUGACUCUUGACAUAGAUUGGUCUGCUGUAACUGGGAUUGAUUCAAAUAGGUUUACUGUUGGAAUUUGGAAGUAGCGGAGAUGCAGCUCUUCAGGUGGAGAGAGAAAUUGCAGUCAAGGGUGGUGCUCCACAACACCCUUAAGCGGAACUUCCCUACUGUAGCACAUUCUAAGUUGUUUUAAUGCUCUGGGAACGCUUGACCACGGAACUGUAAUGUGAUCACACGUGCCAACUCUUCCCCAGCA